AAUACAGGGGAGUUCUUGAAAACCAGAACCUGCCCCGCAGGAAGCGCCGUCUGUGCGGGGCCGGGGCCGGGGCCCGGGCCCUUUUCCCGGCCGAAAUCCUGCGGCUCGGCUGGAGGCUGAGGAUCGCGCCGCGCGGGAGAGGAGGUGCGGGGCGGACAGGCGGGGAGCUGCUAAACGCGGCCCCGCAGUGGCAUUAAUCAGAUUAACCCGGGCAAUUAGCCGCUGCUGGAGAUCAAGCCUCAAUCUGGGGCCUCUGGAAAAAAAAGAAGAAGCCAGUAAUGGCGAGGAUUAAGUUAAUUUCAUUAAUUCUCAAUCCACAGCCCGGGCUCCUUUCGCUCCUUUGUGCGGCCCCCACGGUGACCCUUCCUCCCCCCUCCCCCCCAGGCAAACUCAACUCCGGUUGUGUUUGUCGUCUGCAUGUUCCCGGGAACUCAGGCCAGGAUGACGUCGCCUGGGUAUAAAACAGGGAAGAGGUUCAGAUGGCUCCUACUCCGAGCAGCCGUCUGGGCUGAGCAGGGGGGACCGGGAGGGAGGAGGAGGAGGGAGGGCCGGUGGCGCACGCUCGCCCGCUGCCGGCGCCCGCCCGCUCCCGCUCCCGCUCCCGCCUGGAAACGCGCGGGAAGUUUCGCCCGCCCUCGCCGCGCCCGGGCGUGGGCAAUGCCCGCUGCCGGCGACUCCCUCUACGGCGCCGGCACCGACUACAGCGGAUUUUACUCGCGGGCGGUGGCCCCCGCCUCCAACCUGCCGGCGGUCGGUGGAUCUAGGAUGGGCUACAACAACUACUACUACGGGCAGCUGCACGUGCAGGCGGCCCCCGUGGGUCCCUCCUGCUGCGGCGCCAUGCAGCCCCUGGGCGCGCAGCAGUGCUCCUGCGUCCCCGGAGCAGCUCUUGAAUUAACUUGUAAGCUUCAUCCUAAUCAGAUCCUGGAAGUAUACACCAUGAAAACUUUGUUUAAUAAAUUAUUUGUGAAGAAAACAAUAUUGGGAUUAGUAGAAAUUACAGAAAAAGUGCACCACUUUAAGAUGAAUCCAUAA